CAAGAAUACGUACCACUUAUGCAUUUCAGAUAUGUACUUGGAAUGGCCCUUAUAGGCUGUGAUUUGGAGCGGCUCAAUGCAUCCGCGCUGAUAAUUGUGAAUAGUGAUAACGAGUCAUCUAGACUGUUGUACCAUGCCAGUCAAGGUUUACGUGCAUCAUGAUACGAGAUAAGUUCAAUCUGCCCUCUACGGAUGCUUUCGUCAGUCUCUCGCUACUUGAUGGCGGCAGUUUCGUUGCUGAUUUGAGCCGCAUGCAUGCUGGCGGGAGUGGGACCUUUCGCAUGUACAAUUGGGCAUUUUAUAUUGCGCACAAGGGUAGACAUGUACUUUGGGACUUGGGCUUAGAUGAGGACCGAAGCUGCUACACGCCUUGGGUGGACAAGCACAUGCUGCAGUACGUCAAUCAUGUUGGCCCAAAGCGUACCAUUGUGCAACAGUUGUUUGAAAGAGGCGUUCCAACCACAGAUAUUGAUACAGUUCUGUUUAGUCACGCUCACUGGGACCAUUGCCGACCAAUUUCCGACUUGUUUCCAAAUGCAAAGGCGUGUUUUGGUCCAGGCACAAAAUCAGCAUGCCAGCCGGGUCAUUGGAAAGACCCUGACUUGCAGUGGGAUGGGCGCUUCUUUGACCCGGAUCACGCCACCGAGACUUGGGAAGAACUACAGGGCGAUUGGAAACAAUUCGGACCGUUCGAAAAUGCUCUAGAUUAUUUUGGAGACGGCAGCUUUUGGGUUUUGAAUGCACCGGGACACAUGCCAGGCAAUCUUGCUGCCGCUGCCAGAUUGCAAAAUGGUGAAUGGGUCAUUCUUGGGAGCGAUUGUUGUCAUUCGAGGGAAUUACUCGAUGGCGUGCAAGAAAUUGCCCAGUUUCCAGGCCCCAACCUAAAGCCCAUGUCCCUCCACACAGACAUUACAUCUGCUAGAGAUACCAUGGCUAAGCUGCGGACAUUAGAAACUGAUUACGGGGCUCAUAUAGCACUCGCACACGACGCUUCGUGGCUGAAGAAGGGUACAGACCGGGUACUGAUGUCGCUGCUGGAUAAGAGAAUGAAACUGACGGCUAAAGAAAAGAUAGUCCACGAUGAGAUACCUUAGUUCAGUUUUCAAAUAUUAGUUUACAAUAACUGGAGCUAUAGGUACCUAAGUAAUUAAGGACCUAGUCAGCAAUAUUCUGAGGUAGUUUGGCACUACUUAAAGGGGUCGCCAUUUUCUAGUUUUAUUGAUUGCAUGCGAG